GCCUUCCGCUCUCCUUGGUAGAAGUUGCUGGACAGUCGUGGGCGUUUCGCAGAUAGUCGUUUUCUGACUCCCAGAGAGAGUGAUCGCUUAGGAUGCCGCGUGGAAGCCGAAGCCGCUCUUCCCGGGUGGCCCCUCCGGCCAGCCGGGCCCCUCCGAUGAGGGCUGCUCCCAGACAAGCACCUGCAGCUCAUCCUCCAGCAGCAGCUGCCCCAUCUGCAGUGGGCUCCCCUGCCGCUGCCCCCAGGCAGCCAGGCCUGAUGGCCCAGAUGGCCACCACUGCAGCUGGUGUGGCUGUGGGCUCCGCAGUGGGGCACACCCUGGGUCAUGCCAUCACUGGGGGCUUCAGUGGAGGUGGUAAUGCUGAGCCCGCGAGGCCUGAUAUCACUUACCAGGAGCCCCAGGGAACUCAGCCUGUGAACCAGCAGUCUUUUGGGCCUUGCUCUCUUGAGAUCAAACAGUUUCUGGAGUGUGCCCAGAACCAGAGUGACGUCAAGCUCUGCGAGGGCUUCAAUGAGGUUUUGCGGCAGUGCAGAAUUGCAAAUGGUUUGAUCUAAUCAAGAAGUUGACACUGAAGAGAUUGAAAUGGGCUCUACAUGAUUGACAGUGCACGUGUGGACCCUGACCAAACCUUCCUUCUAACAGCUCCAUUGCUCGAGAACAGCUAUUAAAGAGUUCUAAUGUGUAGAUAUUCACCGAGGCUUGUAGUAGUGUGGAGACUGGGCAAGUGAUGGCCUCCUGAACCAACUGUGUUGUGUUUUGUGAGUUAAUGAAAAUAAAGUUGUUUUCUUCUGA